GGGAAGGUACAGGACACUUCCUUGGUAACCUGGUUACCGGAGUAACGCGGGCAAACAGGAGCGGCAACCAGGAUCAGGGGAAGCGCGGGGUCUGCGGAGCCAUGAUGGUCUCAAAGAGAGGACUGACAUGCAGUCAGAGGGAAAAGCAAAUAGCUGAAGCUCAACGUCGGGAAUUUACCCGGGAAGACCAGAUAAAAAGACUGAACCAGGAGCAGCAGCUGGAAGCAUCUCUACAAAGUGAGGACCGUGUGGAGAAGAAGCGCUAUCUUAGAAGACUGCAAGAUGAAGAACAGGAGAGACAAAUGGAAGAUGCCAUUCAGCAUGCAGAGGAAACGAAAAGACUAAAGGAAUUACAGUUGGAACAGGAAGAAAGAAUGGCGACAGAACUGGCUAGGAUCAAGCAAGAAAAACUCAAAGAUGAAAAACUGAGGCAACAAAUCCGAGAGAACAGCCUGGAGCUCCGAGAAUUAGAGCAAAAGCUGAAGUCUGCCUAUCUAACCAGAGAGCGGGCUGCACAAGUAGCAGAAAAAGAGGUCGUUAAAUAUGAGAAAAUUAAACGUGAAUCUGAAAUAGCUCGCAAAAUGAAGGAGGAACAUGAAAGGGCUUCAGAGGAGGAACUGGCUAAAGAGACCCGGCGCUAUCAUGAGAAGCUGCAUUACCAGAAGGAGCUGGAAACGCAGCUGGAAGAAAAGGAGAUAAAGAGGCAGGAAGCUUAUCAGGAGUUCCUGAGGGAGAAAAUCCUGGUAGAUGAAAUUGUAAGGAAGAUUUAUGAAGAAGAUCAGACGGAAAGACAGUUAAAGCUGGAAAAAACGACUGCUACUAAGAGAUACAUCGAAGAAUUCAAGGAACAGCAGAAGACUUGGAGGAAAUUGGAAAAAGAGAAAAUGGAGGCAGAAAAUCUGAGAAUUCGGUCGUUUGCAAAUAUGCAGCAGAGAAGAGAAGAAGACCGCAUGGUCCAAAUCAGGGAGCGGGAGGAGAAGAAGAAAGCUAUCCAGGACUUGCUUGUGGAGCAUAUUCAUAGAGAACAACAGCAGAGAGAUGAACUCGACCAAAUGCGAGAAGAGUUAUACCUGGAAGAACAAGCCGAGCAGGCCAGACAGCGUGAAAUUGAAGAGUUGGAAAAGAAAAUUCGCCAGCGUCUUGAGUUGCAGCGAACAUUUGAAGAACAAAUGGCUUUUAAGCAAAUUGUUCAACAAGCAGCAAAAGAGGAAGAGGAGGCUUUCAGACAGACAAUGCUUGCAAAGUUGGCUGAAGAUGACAGGAUUGAGCAGAUGAACGCUCAGAAGAGGAGGAUGAAACAAUUGGAGCACAAAAGAGCAGUGGAGAAACUGCUUGAGGAUCGGCACCAACAGUUCAUUGCCGAUAAGGAACGUGAGCUCCUGGAAAGAGAGGAGGAAGAGAAGAGGGAAGCAUUUCGCCGGGCUAUCAUUGAAGAGGAGAGACAGAAACUUCUUAAGCAACAUGCCACCCAGUUACUGGGCUACCUUCCCAAGGGAAUAUUUAAAGGUGAAGAAGAUCUCAAUAUGUUCGAUGAAGAGUUUCGCAAGACUUUUCAGAAGAGAAGUGCAGACAUGUUUUCAGAUGAUGGCUGGGGUUCAUAAAUUAAAGUAUAACUACCUAAAGGGAAAGUUUUUUUUGUUUUUUUGGGGGGGGGGGGGGAUAGAGAGGAGAUGGAUUAGAACAUCUGUUCUUAUUGCAGUCUGUUUCCUCUUUAGGGGGACUCACCCUCUAUUUUUGUCCUGUUUAUCAUUAAAAGUGAAAGUAAAGGAAAAUCGCAAAUUUUGGGUUAUCCCCAGAGAAGUAAUAGAGGGGAAUUCUUCCAAUGAGGACACUAGGUUUAGUGAUCUAGGGGACCCUAAAAGAUUUCUAUCAUUUGCGGUGAUUUCCUGUUUUGGCUAUGGGACAGAAAUUGAGGGAAAAUCUCCCCAAUAGGACACAGAUGGCAAAAAACAAUCCGACGGGUUAUAACCUUCACUUGCUCUAUUCAAAAUGGGGGGGG